AUGUCAGAAAGUGAUGAAGUUGCUCAACCUAUGGUGGUCUCAAAGAGAGAAGUGGACGACCAAAUGAAAUCUAUGAUGAAGGAUUUUGAGGGAGAUGCUGAUAAGAACAGUUGGGUUAAUUUCCAACAACGUGUAGACAAAGCACCUGAACAAGUUGUAAGAUAUUGCAGAAGCUCUGAAGCAAAGCCCCUUUGGCCAAUAGCAAGUGGACGAGUCUCUAAAUCUGAGAUCCCCAAUUGCAAAUCUUGUGGUGGUCCUCGUUGUUUUGAGUUUCAGGUAAUGCCGCAGCUACUGUUCUUCUUCGGAGGGAGCAACGAGAGGGAAUCACUUGAUUGGGCAACAAUCGUUGUGUACACGUGUGAGAACUCGUGCGAAUCGAGUUUGAGUUAG